AUUAGACCGUCUCAGAUCAUAAAAACGUGCGAACGGCGGCCUUCGUGGUUCUUCUUUCACCGGCGAGCAUCUCCGAGGUUGCGUAAGGAAAGGGCGCAAAUUUCAAGGGGGUGUGUGUACAUAAUCUUAUUUCUAACAAUGUCAGAUUCUGUUGAAGAACCCAAAACAUCUCAGCAACAAGAUUCUCAACCUGCUGCUGCUGCUGCUUCUGUCACAGAAGAAUCUCAGUCUCAGCAAGUGUGCACUUUCUUCAAGAAGCCAACUAAAGCUAAAAACAUAAGAAAAAGACCAGCGGCUGACGCUGAUGAAGAAGACGCAGAUUCCAAAAGCGAAACCUCUAUAUUGAACAACCUCAAGAAAGUUGCUAAACCCGAUAACAAGUUGUUUUUCUCCUCUGGACCCUCCAAGAUCUCUGCUACCACGACGAGCCAGGCUCCAGAGAAAGCCGUCGUCUUUCACUACGAUUCGUCCAAGGAGAUCCAGGUUCAAAACGACAGCAGAGCCACUGCAACUCUUGAGACCGAGACCGACUUCAACCAAGACGCACGAGCCAUCCGUGAGAGAGUUCUUAAGCGAGCAGACGAAGCUUUGAAAGGGAAUAAAAAGGACAAGGGUUCUGAUGAGAAGCUCUAUACUGGAAUUCAUGGAUAUACUGAUCACAAAGCUGGUUUUAGAAGAGAGCAAACCAUCUCCAGCGAGAAAGCUGGAGGCUCACACGGGCCCUUGAGAGCUUCUGCGCACAUCAGAGUCUCGGCUAGGUUCGAUUACCAGCCUGAUAUAUGCAAGGAUUACAAAGAAACUGGAUACUGUGGGUAUGGAGAUUCUUGUAAGUUUCUGCAUGACCGUGGAGACUACAAACCUGGAUGGCAGAUUGAGAAAGAGUGGGAAGAAGCUGAGAAAGUCAGGAAGAGAAAUAAAGCUAUGGGUGUUGAAGAUGAAGAUGAUGAUGAAGCUGACAGUGAGGAAGACGAAGAUGCAUUGCCCUUUGCUUGCUUCAUUUGCAGAGAGGGUUUCGUUGAUCCAGUUGUCACUAAGUGCAAGCACUACUUCUGCGAGCACUGUGCUUUAAAGCAUCACGCGAAGAACAAGAAGUGCUUUGUGUGUAACCAACCAACUAUGGGGAUUUUCAAUGCAGCACAUGAGAUCAAGAAGAGAAUGGCUGAAGAACGGAGUAAAGCUCAAGGAUUGUGAAGUUUGUUUGUUCUUUCACAAGCCAAAACUUACUUUCUCUUGUUUGAGUAAUGCUUUUUGUUUGUUGCAAGUUCAUCUGUUCUUUGUUGAAUUCAAUAGACCAAAAAAGUAGACGUUAUUGAUUGGUUAUUGGUUUUGUUCUUUUCAGAUAUGGUACAAAAUCUAUCUUUAGUCACCCAAGAUUGUGGUAAAAGUUAAUAUGAUUGUGUUCUGAGAUUGG